UACAAAAAGAAAUUAAAAAACGGUUUAUAUUACUUAAAGUAUUUGUAGAGAACGUCGGUUUCAUAAAUGAAAUGACGACUUCUUUAUGGUAAAAAAAAAGUCGUGGUGUUUUUUUUCUCUCUGAUCGCAUUUACAUUUGAGUUAAUGUGAGUGAAUAAACAGUGAAUUGAUCUUGUGCAAUAAAGCUUAGCUUGCUUAAAUAUUUUUAUUUUUAUUUUUAUUAAUACCUGCCAGUGCCAAAAAAGCUGUCAACAUGGAUAUAGAAUCGGACGACUCUGAGCGCUGGGAAGACUUCUUUGGAAGUGCAACAGAACUAGAAUCAAUACUUGGUAUAUAUGACAAUUUGACUGCUAAUGCAUCGAAAACAAGUCUGGAAAAGUCAAACUCCUCUCAUAUAACAAUGGAUCAGCCAAUUUUUAUAGGACCAGAGUUAAACAUUAACUCUAAUUAUGACUUGCCACCAAGUUUAACUCAGAAAUCCAUAUCGGGUAUAAACAAAAGUGCUAAUAAAACUUAUCAGUGCAAUACAAAGACUUCAGAUGUAGCUGAAAUUAAUUCCAGUACCACAGCAAAUAUCCAGGAUCAGGAUAAAUCAAUCUUAUCUACCAAAAACUCUUCAAAGCACCGUAGUAAUAUUCGCGUAUUGUCUCCGAAUGUUCAACGCCUGAUCACAAUAUCAGACAUAAAACCGGUAGACGCAGUUGAUAUUAAUGCGGUACAUAAUAAUUUACAAAAUUUAACACUCAGUCCAGUAUUACAACACCGUUUUGUGAAAAAACCUUCAACUCCAACAAACACUCAUAAAGCUAAGUUCUCGCAUAUUCCGCUUUCGAAAACUACUGGUAAACUUACACAAUCCGGCAACGACCUUGUGGACACAUUUGACUCUAGCACAGAAUAUCUGGAUGCGUUAAGUUUCUCUACACCAAAUCAUAGAUCUAUUGACAUAACAACGCCAUCUUUAAUUGACUGUCAUGACAACAUUGAUAUAAAAACAACGACAAGUUUAUCACCUUCUAAUGCUACUUAUAAAUCAAAUACUAAACCAAAACUUUCGCUAUUUAAUACAGACUCAGAGAGAACUGUGUCGCUUAUUGAAUUAGAAAAACUCAAGCAAUCGAAUCACAAAUUCGGCGCCAGUAAAAUUCAAUCUAUUGAACGUAAUACGUAUAGUGGGAAGUCAGUUGCUACAAAUCCGCAAGAAAUCGCCGAGGCAAUUAAUUAUUCAAUUUUAAAUAAUAGCAUAAAGCAUAUGACACUCACAGAAAAGUUAUCUUUUGGUGUUCCAACAAAAACUGAAGGAGUAGUAGAAACAAUUAACAUCCCUUUAAUAUCAAAAUCCCUAGCGCGAAGCAGUUCCGCAGUUACUUCUUCGAAAGUUUCAGAAUCAUCCGUACGAUACUAUUCCCGAUCAAAUAGUUUAUCUGUGAAAGCGAAUAAGGAAAGUGAUAUUAAACCAAUAAUAUCAAACAAAAAUGUUAUAAAUGUCUUAGAAGACAAAAGUGUUAAAUCGCCAGUUGAAAGCAUAGACCUUGUAACAAUAAAUAAACCAAAAUUUUCCCCAAAAGAGGUGCGGAAACAUCCCGGACUCAUUAUACCAGACAUUGCUAAAUUAAAAAUCAGACCUUUAUCAUCUUCAUCAAUAUGUUCUACAACAUCGAGUUCAAGUUCAGGAUCAGAUCAAUUAAAUAGCAAACUAAACAGCUCCUAUCUAGCAAGUGUGGAAAGCUUAGCUGACCACAGCGAAAAUGAAUCAACUGAUCUUCAUAUUAGUUUAAGUGUUUACGAACGCGCAUGUAUGGAAAUUAUAGACUCAGAACGAAGUUACGUAGAAGAUUUAGGGCAAGUCAUUAAGGGAUAUUUGCUUGAUUGGAAGGAACGAGCCUGCUUGAGUUAUGACGAGUUAAAAAUACUGUUCUCCAACAUUCAAGAUGUCUACAAGUUCAAUACAACACUUCUAAAGAAAUUAAUGGAAUCUGGGAUAAAUUCCCUUAAAAUCGCAAACUGUUUUAUUGAACUACGAGGCGGGUUCGACGUGUAUACAAAAUAUUGUACAAGUUAUCCUGAAGCUAUAUCUCUACUGACAAAAUUACUGCAAGCGACGCAUACGAACGCCCUCCUGGCAUCUACACAAAAAAUGUUGCAGCACACCUUGCCACUGGGUUCAUACCUAUUGAAACCUGUGCAGCGCAUACUUAAAUAUCAUUUGCUUCUAGACAAUUUACGCAAACAUUCUGACGUGAAAGAAGUGACUCAAGCGCACGAAAUCAUGCGUCAAGUUGCUUAUAAUAUAGACCAAGUCAAACGAAAGUUAGAGCAGCAAAGUCGUGUUAAGGAACUAGCUGGCAUUUUAGAUGGUUGGUUAGGACCAGAACUUACGGUGUUAGGAGAGUUACGACAGGAAGGUUUGUUGAUGGAAAACAAUAAACCGCGCUUGGUAUUUCUGUUUUCGACUAUGCUGAUUUUAACUAAACAAAAAGAAGAUAGUCGUUUACAAUUCAAAAGUUAUAUACAUCAAAAUAAUUUGAUGCUUAGUGAGCAUUUGCCUGGAGACCCGACUAGUUUCUAUGUAAUUCCAUACGACGAACCGCGACAUCAAAUUAAGCUUACUGCUAAAAACCGAGAGCAGAAAAGGUUAUGGACUCAACAUAUUAAAGCUGUAAUAUUGGAAAAAUUUGAUAAUAUUCCGAAUCAUGUUAAGGAACUUGUUUACAAAUUGGGAGAUGAGGAAGUGUUGUAAGCUUUAUUCGUAAAUUUACCUCUAUAUCAUAAUUCGUAGAGUCUAAUUUAAUUGCACCUAAUAAUAAUAAAAGGGCAGGGCGGCAGCUCGAUAUUCAGAGUGACUAACAUUUUUCUUUGUUUUACACGGAAUAUCUUGUUUUCAAUACUGUACAGUAUACAUAUGGUACAAGUAUAUACAAGUAUAAUUUGGAAAAUUUAGAUGAUUGUAGAUGAUUGUUGCAUUCAGG